AAAGCGGAUUCGUUUCGGUGAUGCUGGGAUAAAGGGGCGCAGCGAGGACUGGCUCCCCGCUGCCAGCCCAGCCCAGCCGAGCCCAGCGCCGGGCUCCGUCCGUGCCGAGCCGCCGGGAGCGAUGCGGGGCCGGCCGCGGGGCCGGGGCCGGGCACGGCUCCUCUCCGCCGCACGAUAGAGAAGCCCGCGCACCGUCGGCGGGGAUGCCGGUGAAGCCAGCGCGCUGCCUCCCGCUCUGUGCCAGCGGCUGACUGGAAGCGGAAUGUUUCCCACCCCGGGCGAUGCCCAGCCCUGCUCCUAGCCUGCCUUCCCAGGGGUGACGUUCCCGCCUUCCUGCCGUUCGCAGAGCAGUGCCACCGAGCAUGCCGCAGGGAGCCCCUCGGCAGCCCAAGCCCAGGGGAGUUUUCCAGUGAGUCCAGCUCCUCAAAAACCAGAGUUGCUCCUUCCCACCCUCGGACAGCGAAUUCCCCUGCUCCCAGCAGGGUGUUGAGGUCCUGCAGAGCGGGCUGGAGGAGGGGGCUGCCAUGGAAGAGAAUGUGUUCAGCGUGCAGCAGAUCCAGCCCAACGUCAUCUCGGUGAGGCUCUUCAAGCGCAAGGUGGGCGGCCUCGGCUUCCUGGUGAAGGAGCGCGUCAGCAAACCGCCCGUCAUCAUCUCGGACCUGAUCCGGGGCGGGGCUGCCGAGCAGAGUGGCCUCAUCCAGGCUGGGGACAUCAUCCUGGCCGUCAAUGGCAGGCCCCUGGUGGACAUGAGCUAUGAGACGGCGCUGGAGAUCCUGAGAAGCAUCGCCUCCGAGACCUACGUGGUGCUCAUCCUGCGCGGCCCCGAGGGCUUCACCACUCACCUGGAGACCACCUUCACGGGCGACGGGACGCCCAAAACCGUCCGUGUCACCAGACCCCUGUGCCCGGCUCCCAAGGCGGUUGACUUGUCCAACCCAAGCAAAGAGCAGCCAGCAGCCAUGGGAUCACUGUGGAGCAGGGAAACGGGCAAGGAGGUGGAGCCCCAUGUCCACGUUAACGGGCUCGUUCCCGGCAGCAAGGGGGCAAAGGACGGCGGCAGGGACAAGGACGGGGCUUGUGCUCACUCCUGCCUCAACGGCGGCGUGGAGGACAACGAGCUGCUCAAAGAGAUCGAGCCCGUCCUGGACCUGCUGAAGAGCAGCAGCAGUAAGGACAGCGGUGGAGAUGCGCCCUCCAAGGUAGAGACACGGGAUAUAGAAGUCCAGGUGGACUGUUUCAGGGAAGGGGAGAACAAUCCCCAGAAAGCUCGGAUGGAGAACGAUCGUGUGCCGGGGGACCUGUGGGGGAAGAGCAACGUCCCCGUGGUCCUGAACAACCCCUGCUCUGAAGGACAGCAGCCGCCGCCAUCCGGGCGCCAGUCUCCAACCAAGAAUGCCAAUGGGAGCCCUUCCAAAUGUCCCCGCUUUGUGAAAAUCAAGAACUGGGAGACAGGAUCCGUGCUCCACGACACCCUGCACCUCAAAACUGCCAUGUCCACGGCGUGCACCGAGCAGAUCUGCAUGGGCUCCGUGAUGACCCCCAGCCCCCACAUCCGCAAGGCAGAGGACACCAGGAGCAAGGAGGAGGUGCUGCUCCUGGCCAAGGACUUCAUUGACCAGUACUACUCCUCCAUAAAGAGAUCCGGCUCCAAGGCCCACAUGGAGAGGCUGGAGGAGGUGACCAAGGAGAUUGAGGCCACUGACACGUACCAGCUGCGGGACACGGAGCUGAUCUACGGAGCCAAGCACGCCUGGAGGAACGCGGCGCGCUGCGUGGGCAGGAUCCAGUGGUCCAAGCUGCAGGUGUUCGAUGCCCGGGACUGCACCACGGCCCAUGGGAUGUUCAAUUACAUCUGCAACCACAUCAAGUACGCCACCAACAAGGGGAACCUCAGGUCUGCCAUCACCAUCUUCCCGCAGCGCACGGACAGCAAGCACGACUUCCGCAUCUGGAACGCGCAGCUGAUCCGCUACGCCGGCUACAAACAGCCCGACGGCUCCGUGCUGGGCGACCCCGCCAACGUGGAGCUCACCGAGAUCUGCAUCCAGCAAGGCUGGAAGGCUCCGUACGGGCGCUUCGAUAUCCUGCCCCUGCUCCUCCAAGCCAACGGCAACGACCCCGAGCUCUUCGAAAUCCCACCAGAGCUCGUGCUGGAAGUGCCCAUCCGGCACCCCAAGUUUGAGUGGUUUAAGGACCUGGGCCUGAAGUGGUAUGGGCUGCCAGCCGUUUCCAACAUGCUCCUGGAGAUCGGGGGUUUGGAGUUCUCGGCCUGCCCCUUCAGCGGCUGGUACAUGGGCACGGAGAUCGGCGUCCGCGACUACUGCGACAACUCCCGCUACAACAUCCUGGAGCAAGUGGCCAAGAAAAUGAACCUGGAUAUGAGGAAAACAUCCUCGCUGUGGAAGGACCAGGCCCUGGUGGAGAUCAACAUCGCUGUGCUCUACAGCUUCCAGAGUGACAAGGUGACCAUCGUGGAUCACCACUCAGCCACCGAGUCCUUCAUCAAGCACAUGGAGAACGAGUACCGCUGCCGGGGGGGCUGUCCCGCCGACUGGGUGUGGAUCGUGCCGCCCAUGUCGGGCAGCAUCACCCCCGUCUUCCACCAGGAGAUGCUCAACUACCGCCUGACGCCCUCCUUUGAGUACCAGCCGGACCCCUGGAACACCCACGUCUGGAAAGGGGUCAAUGGGACACCCACCAAGAAGAGGGCCAUUGGCUUUAAGAAGCUGGCAAAGGCUGUGAAGUUCUCAGCCAAGCUGAUGGGCCAAGCCAUGGCCAAGAGGGUCAAGGCCACCAUCCUCUAUGCCACGGAGACGGGGAAGUCCCAGGUCUAUGCAAAAACCCUCUGUGAGAUCUUCAAACACGCCUUUGAUGCCAAGGUGAUGGCCAUGGAUGAGUAUGAUGUGGUGCACCUGGAGCACGAGACCAUGGUCCUGGUGGUCACCAGCACCUUCGGCAACGGGGACCCGCCUGAGAACGGAGAGAAAUUUGGCUGUGCAUUAAUGGAGAUGAAGAAUCCCAACUCCAACCUGGAGGAGAGGAAGAGCUACAAGGUCCGGUUCAACAGCGUCUCCUCUUACUCGGAUGCACGGAAAUCCUCCAGUGAUGGCCCUGACCCCAGGGACAACUUCGAGAGCACGGGGCCCCUGGCAAACGUCAGGUUCUCCGUGUUUGGGCUGGGCUCCAGGGCUUACCCCCACUUCUGCGCCUUCGCCCGCGCCGUGGACACGCUGCUGGAGGAGCUGGGGGGAGAGAGGAUCCUCCGCAUGGGAGAGGGGGAUGAGCUCUGUGGCCAGGAGGAAUCCUUCAGGACCUGGGCCAAGAAGGUCUUCAAGGCAGCGUGUGACGUGUUCUGCGUGGGGGACGACGUGAACAUCGAGAAAGCCAACAACUCCCUGAUCAGCAACGACCGCAGCUGGAAGAGGAGCAAGUUCCGCCUGACCUAUGUGGCUGAGGCCCCGGAGCUCACACAAGGACUGUACAGCAUCCACAAAAAACGUGUCUAUGCAGCCCGGCUCCUCACACGGCAGAACCUGCAGAGCCCCAAGUCCAGCCGCCUGACAAUUUUCCUGCGCCUGCACACCAACGGGCACCAAGAGCUGCAGUACCAGCCUGGGGACCACCUGGGCGUCUUCCCGGGCAACCACGAGGACUUGGUCAAUGCCCUCAUCGACAGGCUUGAGGAUGCCCCUCCAACCAACCAGCUGGUGAAGGUGGAGCUGCUGGAGGAGAGAAGCACAGCUCUAGGUGUCAUCAGUAACUGGACAGAUGAGAACCGUGUCCCACCCUGCACCAUCUUCCAGGCCUUCAAGUACUACCUGGACAUCACCACCCCUCCCACCCCGCUGCUGCUGCAGCAGUUUGCUCUGCUGGCCACCAGUGACAAGGAGAAGAAACGUCUGCAGGUCCUCAGCAAGGGCUUGCAGGAGUACGAGGAGUGGAAGUGGUCCAAGAACCCCACGAUCGUGGAGGUGCUGGAGGAGUUCCCCUCGGUGCAGAUGCCCUCCACGCUGCUGCUGACCCAGCUGCCCCUCCUGCAGCCUCGCUACUACUCCAUCAGCUCGUCCCCAGAGAUGUACCCAGGGGAGGUGCACCUCACCGUGGCUGUGGUGUCCUACCGCACCCGAGAUGGAGAGGGACCCAUCCACCAUGGAGUGUGCUCCUCGUGGCUCAGUCGGAUCCAGACGGAUGAAGUGGUUCCCUGCUUUGUACGAGGUGCCCCCGGGUUCCACCUGCCCCAGGACCCCCAGGUGCCCUGCAUCCUCAUCGGCCCCGGCACCGGCAUCGCCCCCUUCCGCAGCUUCUGGCAGCAGCGGCUCUUCGACAUCCAGCACAAAGGGCUGAAGCCGUGCCCCAUGGUGCUGGUGUUUGGCUGCCGGCAGUCCAGGAUCGACCACAUCUACAAGGAGGAGACGCUGUUUGCCAAGAGCCAGGGUGUCUUCAGAGAGCUGUACACGGCCUAUUCCCGGGAACCUGACAGACCAAAGAAAUACGUGCAGGACGUGUUACAGGAGCAGCUGGCCCAGACCGUGUUCAAAGCUCUGAAGGAGCAGGGAGGCCACAUCUACGUCUGCGGGGAUGUCACCAUGGCCGGGGACGUCCUCAAGGCCGUGCAGCUCAUCGUGAGGCAGCAGGGCCAGCUGUCAGCAGAGGAGGCAGGAGCCUUCCUCAGCAAGCUGCGGGAUGACAGCCGGUACCACGAGGAUAUUUUUGGAGUCACCCUGCGCACGUACGAGGUGACAAACCGCCUUAGAUCCGAGUCCAUCGCCUUCAUCGAGGAGAGCAAAAAAGACACGGAUGAGGUUUUCUGCUCCUAACUGGACCCUUCGCCCCCAGGGGAUGCCAAACCAGUCCCAGCACCUGCUGCCCCCUCCAGCUGGAGGGCACUGGGUUUUGUAUUUCACGGACACGGUGGCUCCUUUCCCAGGGGAACUGCCCAUGGAAAGCGCUCUGUCUCUCAUCCUGUUCUUGUGUCCUGAUGAUGAUGAUGAUAAUGAUGAUGACUUUUAUUUCCUUUCCUUCCUCCUUCUCUCGCUCUUGUCCUGUGGCCGUUUCUUUUCACCUCCUUCCCCUUUCCCUGGAUUUCCCCACUGGAGUUGGAUGGCUUUAUAACCUGCAGUGGCUCUUCUCAGAAUUCCACACUUCCCCUCCUUCCCGUGAGGGCAUUUUGCAGCUGCAUGAAAUCACCACCUUUGUGAUCAUUUGUGGGAGUUCCUGGGGGUGAGCAGAGCUGGCAGGGGCUGGGCAAUGUUCCUUGUCCAGAGCUGGGGGUUGUUCCUGCCAGGCUCCCUCUUUCCCCAUCUUGGGGCUUGGCUGAAUCCUUGUGUUUUCAUGGCUUUUCUCUGGAUUUGGACAAAUCUGGGCAUAUGCCUGAGGCUGGGGGCAGUUGAUGUGCAAUUCCCUUGAAUUUUAUUUAUCCCCAAGCAGCCUGGGUACAGCUGUGUGGUUUUUGAUCUGAUUUAUGUGUCACAAUUGCUCCUAAACGGGCCCUGCUCUGUCUCUCUUCUCCUGCUCUCUUUUCCUGCUCCCUGUGAGCCUCUCCUUUUGCUCACUCCCAACUUUUGCUGCCAUGGAAGUUCUCCCACAAGCUCUGAACACACAGGCUGAGGAAAAGCUCCUGGCAGUGACUUCUCCAGGGGGUUUUCCAGGGAAUAUUUGAUCUGCACCCGGAGCUCUGCAUGCCCUGAUCCCUCUCCCAGGUGAGCCUGGAAAGCCACGAAGAUGGGACAGAAGCAGCUCCCAGAGGGAACAAAGGCAGCUCUUGGAGGGGGAUAGAGGCUCCAGGUCUUUGCUGAGGACGUGCCAACAGAGGAAUCGUGAAAUGCCAGAGCCAGCAGCUCUUAGCACAUCUCAUGACCACUUCUGGGACAGCAAACCCCAGCCCUUUCCACAUUUCAGGGAGCAGAAAGUGCCACUGUGGAGCCACCUGCCUGCCAAGAGAGAUGUGUGUGGCAUUUUGGGGUGAGGCCCCUCUGUGCCACCUGCCAGUGGCACGAGCUGUCCUGUGAGAAGGGAGGUGAGAUCAGCUGCAAAGGUGCCGGGCUCUGACACGCUCACACCUCAGCCCUGCUGCAAGAGCCUGGCCCCAAAAGCAAUUUAACACAACCACAGAAAGGCUGGAGGAAACAGAAAGGCUUUAACAGAGAAAAGCUGUCUGCAAGGGAAAGCAAAUGUGACCUUGUGUGUCCUUCCUGCUGCUGCAGCCUGGAGAAUCACAGAGCAUUCUGAACUUGAAGGGACCCACAGGGAUCCAGCCCAGCUCCUGAUGAAUGGCCCAUCCAGGGAUUGAACCUCAGCGUUUUUUGGCUCUGCCCAUCCCAGGUUUGUCCUCCCUCAGUGUCACCACAAGGACAGCAGGACGUGGCUGCAGCUCUUGCUGGAGGCAGGGAUGCAGGCUUGGCAUCUUGAGGUGGCAGCUGCUGCUCCUCCCCUCUGCCCUGCUGUGCCCAGCUGUGCAUGGAUAUCCUGGAUGGAGCUGAGCUCCUGAGCUGCUGACAGCACAGGGAUUGCCCAGGAGCUUUCACAGGGCUCAGAUCACCUGCCCUGAGCUAAAGGCAGCACAGAAAGGGCUGCAGGAGCUCUGCUGCUCUCCCAGCCCAUGGAACAAGCCCCACCAUCCCAGGCUGUGCUGUUAUUCCCACCCUCAGCCAGGAUCUCCUGCCACACCUCCGUGGGCUGUGACACCUUCUGCAACUUCGACUCCCUGAAGCAUCUCCAGCCCAAAAUCCAGGGGCAUAAGGCCUCCAGGCACCGGGAGACUUUGAGAAUCCAGAUCUGCUGGUGCCAGCUGAGCAUCCAACACGGGAUAAAACGAAUAAAUGCUGCCACGGUGUGGCCAGAGCUCGGCAGGGCUGGGACACACGGCCGGCUCUGUGGCACUGCCUCGGCUCUUGGUCACCUGCAGGGGAAAGCUGGAGAGCACGGAGGAAAGGACAGCCCACCCCAAUCCCAGGGCAGGCAGAGGGAUGGGGCCCUUGGCUUGGGAUGUGUGAGUUUGGGAGGGAUCCUGACUGGGAGAAAAACCCUUGAGCUCCAGAGCUGGGGACUUGCUGCAAGCUUGGCCUUGACUCCCAUCCUGGGGCUGCAGAAACAAAGCUAAAAUCAGAAAGAAAAUCAGAAAGAAAAUCAGACUCAUCCUCUUCUUCUGGGAAAUUUUGGCUCCUGCUUUAUGUUCUGGUUCUCCUUUAGAAGAAGAAGGGAAGAUGCAACCUGAUGAUGAGGAGGAGGAGGAGGCAAUGCCCAAAGAAACAUCUCUUUGUCCUCUUCCCAGCUCCCACCAUGGUGCUGGCAAGGUUUCCCUCCUGCCCUGCCUCCUGCCUGCCCUGCUGUACCACCUCCCACUGGAUUAUUUUGCUUUUUGUGCAUCCCAAAGCUCAUCAGCUCCAUCUCCCUGCCAGGGGAGCCAGCAGGGCAGAACAACCCUCCUGCCAUGGGUCUGCAGAGGGUCUGGGCCAGGCAGAGAGCUCAGCAAACACCUGGAGGGGAAACGCUGGUUUAAGGCUCCUUACCUGGACCUGGAGCAGAAACCCCUCCCUGCCAUGAAGGUCCAUGAGGUUAAACCCCCCCAGGGCCCUGAGCUGCCUCUGCUCCUGCUGGCUCCUCACCAGCUGCACCACUGGGAAUUUUGAUUCACUCUUUGCUGUUGAGUCAGUCUCAGACGUCUGAACUGCUCCCCUUCAUCCCCUCCACCUGCAGGGGCUUCACACUCCCCUCGAGCUCCAUUUUCUCCCUUAGCAACAGGGGAAAGAAACUUGUGGAUGUGCUUCAUUAUUCCUGAGAUGUGGCUCUUCCAGCCUGGCCUCUGCUCACCUCCCUGUGGCCUUUCUGACGUGCAGGUGAAGCCACAAAAUCUCUGCUAUGAACACAGAGGGAGGUGGGUCUGCCCCAGCCUGGGCCCUGAGCUGUUCCAGGGGUCACACACAUAGGGGUGUGACAAAUCUGGGGCACUCAGGUGACAAAUCUGUCCCCUCUGGGUGCCUGCUGCCCACCCCUUCUGUGCUGGACCUGAGGGACCCAGCCUGGCCCUCCUGAGGAUCUCCACCACCACCACCACCCCAAUUUGGAGCAGCUCUGCUCCUUUUCACUCUCCAGGUGUUAAAGAGUCUCUUCUCUGAGCAGGAGGUUUGAUUUUCAAGACACUACAAAGUGGGGUUUUCUGCAAAGAUUUCACUUCCUAAUUCUUUCAAGUGUCCACAGAGAGUCAUUAUAUGGAUUUGAGAUCCCAGGGGGAAAGGUUCUGUGUUUUCCCACCCU